AUGUCGGAACCACCGCUGCCUAGCGCUCGGCGUCAAAUUUUAUUUGCAAAAUAUGGUCCCAUAUUAAUCACGCCAUUCUAUUUCGGAUUUUCAACACAUGUACUUACACCGAAUUCUUUUUCUAGAAUCCUUCGACCUGAAUUGAAUGUACCCGUAGUUAAUUCACUUUGGAUUGGAUCCCAUUUUGGUGUUGGUCUAUAUCUAUAUGUUUCAAAACAUUUACGAAAUGCUGAUAUAUUUGAUCGUCUAUUAUUUAGUGUUUAUGGUUCAGCUAUGUUCAAUUUGGGUACUGUUUUAGUUAUGUCAAUCAUUCGCUCCAUUUUUCCUGAUAACGGUGCACUUCGUUUAGGAGUUGGUCUAUCGUCUAGUGCUGCCUUAUUAUUUAUUGGUAGACGAUAUGUUCUAUAUAUUGAUCAGAUUUUCGAUGCAAUUCGAUUUCGAUCAAUAACACGUUCAUAA